UGAAAAUCCGAGCUGCACCCAAAGGCGUCAUGCACACAGCCCUGCUCUCGGACCCCCUGAAGCCUGAGAGCAACAAGCUACUGGAUACACGCCCCUGCAGCAGCGACACACACUGUGAAUUAACGGGAAACACUACAAAAAGAGGCUAUCUAUCUUCACUAAACCCUGGUGUGGAUUGAAGUGAAGGAAGAUGACGGCAGUUUAUAAAGAUGAAGAGGCGGACUGGCUGACGGUGUGUCUCAAGUACCUGCUCUUUGUUUUCAACUUUCUCUUCUGGGUGGGAGGAGUAGCUGUUUUAGGUGUGGGAGUCUGGACUCUGGUGGAGAAGAGUGAUUAUUUGAGUCUGCUGGCCUCCAGCACUUUUGCUGUCUCGGCAUAUAUCCUCAUUCUGGCCGGCAGCAUGGUGGUGGUAACCGGCUUCCUGGGCUGCUGUGCCGUCAUCCGGGAGCAGAAGAGCUGUCUGUCCAUGUAUUUCUUCUGCCUGCUGGUGAUCUUCUUGAUUGAACUGGUGGCUGGAGUACUGGCUUAUGUCUACUACCAGAGGCUGAGUGAGGAGCUGAAGCAGCAUCUCAACCAGACUAUGACAGAUAACUACGCCCAGCCAGGACGGGAGGCUAUCACUUUGGCUGUGGACAGACUACAACAGGACUUCAAGUGCUGUGGCAGCAACAACUCCCGUGAUUGGAUGGUGAGUGUGUACGUUUCAUCAAAGCAGGCUGAGGACAGGCUGGUGCCCGACAGCUGCUGCAAGACCAUCACCCCCCACUGUGGCAACAGAGACCACCCCUCCAACAUCUACAAGGUGGAGGGGGGUUGCAUCACCAAGCUGGAGCAGUUUCUGGCCAAUCACCUGCUGGUCAUCGGCGCUGUGGGAAUAGGAGUGGCUUGUCUGCAGCUGGCCGGGGCAGUGUUGACCGCCUGCUUUAUCUAUCUGCUCUAUAAAGAAGAGGAGGAGGACUUCGGUCUGUGGCAUGGUGUUCACCAGCUGCUUAUACAGAAGGAUCAAGAUGGAACCUUACUGAGCACACCAGACCCACAACACACCAGACCCACAACACACCAUCUUCAGCAGGAAGACAGACAAUAAAACCACCAACCAAAACCUCCAAAUCUUGAACUCUGACAUAGCGAUCUAAGCCAAAUGAUAGACACUUGCCACUGACCAAAGGGGCUGCUUAUUGUUCCGAUCCAGGAUUAUACAACAUGACUGAAACCUGAUUUGAUGUCGGCCAGCUGAAACAACACGUCUGCUUGCAUCACUUCCUUGGCUUACAUGCACGGGACAUGCUUACUAUAGGGCUGUUCUUGACCAAAGGACUUAUUUGCUGACUUCAGACAAAUCCAUUCGUUGAUUUGAUUUCCAAACUGUUUAUCCAAAAAUAAUUAUGCAUAACGCUUAAUCAGUUUGCCUGAGAUGUGCUUCUUGAAAAAAAGGGGGAAACAAAUAUGAAUCAACUACAGAAAUCCUUGUUAACAAAGACCAAAGGGAUA